GUAAGCAGCAGACGACAAGUGACGUGGUUGAAGAUCUACAGUUUUGUCUCCGUCUGUUGCACAGUGUAAUUCCUCUACACGGGGAAUUCUUUCACUGCCGGGAGGUGGUCUUUACUUCAACUCAACACACAAACACACACGUAUUUUCCAUACCAGCUAUACACACUCUCAUCUUUCUCUCUCUGGUUCUCUCUUUCUCUCUCUGGUUCUCUCUUUCUCUUUCUCUCUCUCACAUACACACGCACACACACACACGUACACACACACACAUACAUACACACACACACACACACACACACACACACACACACACGCGAUUACAUUCACAUACGCGCCUCACACACCUACCUGUCUACUAACCACUCCAUAUCCAUUUACCUAUCUAUCUACCUGUGUGUCCGUCUAUCUAUCUAUCCAUCCAUCCAUCCAUUCAUCCAUCCAUCCAUCUAUCUAUCUAUCUAUCUAUCUAUCUAUCUAUCUAUCUAUCUAUCUAUCUCAUCGUCGUUUCUGUUUUAGAAUACUUUUCUAUCUCACAAUCUUCCGCUCUCUCUCACUCACUUCUCCCUCUCUCUCACUCUCUCUCUGUAUAUAUAUAUAUAUAUAUAUAUCCCUCUUCCUGGUUGACCGCUAACUUUCUCUAUAUCUUUCUUUCUUACUUUCUUCCUUCCUUUCUUUUUUCAUUCAUUCAUUCAUUCAUUCAUUUUUUCUUCUUUCACACAUUUCCCAUCGUCUGAUCGCUCCCCUAUCUCUCUUUUUCCCCUUCUUUUCUACCCAUCUUUCAUCUUUCUGCUGCAUCUCCUCUUCAUCUUUCUCUCCUCUCAAUUUCUUCUAAAACUCUCUCUCUGUCUCUCUCUCUCUCAUUCUCCAUCUCUCUCUCAUUCACCAUUCCUCUCUCUUUCACUCUCGUUCCCAUUUUCCACCUUCUUCGUUCUCUAUCUUAUCUUCUCUAUCUCUUUCUUUUAUCUCUCAACUUCGAUUUCAUUUCCUCACCAGUUCUUACAAACCAUCCUCACAACGGGAAGUAUACACGCAAACACACAUAAACAAAUCACGCAUACAUAUAUGCACACGCACGCACACACACACACACACACAUAUACACACGUAUAAAAAUAUAAACAUAACUCAAACGUUUACACACACACACACACACACACAAGUACAAUGCUUUACAAUAGUACAACAGAAACACGCGAACAAACAUAUUUAUAAAUAUUAAACAAUAUAUACAUACACACACACACAUAUAUAUAUACACACACACAUACCUUACAUCACAGUUGAACAAUACACAAAGCAUACGGUGACAAUCUUAAACGGUCUCGUCUCACGGGAAACACACACACACACACACACACACACACACACACAUAUACACACACCUACACGCGCAUUCAUAAAUACAUAAACAAACCCAUACAGACAAAGAAACACAAAUACACACACACACACAUAUAUUUGUGUAUAUAUAUUUGUAUAUACAUAUAUAUAUAUAUAUAUAUAAAGUAAAACAAACACAUUUUUCUUACUCCUCCCUCUCUCUCUCUCUCUCUCUCACACAUACACACACACACACAUACACAUAUACACGCAGUGGUUCUAAAGACGGACAUAUAUUCACAUCACAAAUAUACACAGGUAUUCGCCGUCUUCUCUCUCUCUCUCUCUCUCUCUCUCUCUCUCUCUCGCUCUCUCUCUCUCAAUCUUUCUCUCUCUCUUAAACAUACACACAGACAUAAAUACACUCGUAUAAACACUCUCACACACAUAUAUACAUACACACUCUUAAAUGCACACACAUACACACAUACAUACACACAUACACAUAUAUAAACAAAAAUAAAUACAAUUGCUGUGAAUUCUUCUGCCUUUCUCAGACAACACACGGAUAAACGCGCUGUACAAGUGCUGAUAUACGGAUAUAUACAUAUAUAUAGAUAUAUAUAUAUCUAUAUAUAUAUAUUUGUAUAUAUACAUAUGUACAUAUAAACAGAAAGAUGUAUAUAAGAUAAAAACAAACAAGACAGCGGAACAGAAUUAAGGAAGAGUGGAAAAUCGAGGUGACAAUCGCUUGGUGAUUUUUUCCUUUUGGCUUCGAGACAUUUCCGAAAUAAGUUUUCAACCUCCAGAGGUGAAGCUAUCAUGCAUAUUCUAUCGUCACUCCUUGUCCUGUUGGCCAGUUUACACCACAUCUCUUCUCAAGACUGUCAGACACUACGCUCUGAAAUCAACGUCAACAAAUAUGUCAACACCGUCUACCGUGGACGACACGUCGAGGUACGGUGCACGGGUCGCCUGGCUUUGAAUAAAUGCGAAGGAACUUGUUGGUCCUAUGAAUCACCGAGUGUUACAGACCCACGUGGAUUUAAAAAGAAAUGUAAUUGUUGUCGGGAAAAGAAACUCGUGUCACGCAAAAUUGUCUUGGAUGAAUGUUACGAGUCUGUGACAGGGACUUACCUUCACGGCUUGUACCCAACCAUUUCCAUCAAAGAACCCAUACAAUGCGUUUGCAGAGAAUGUGCCAGUUUCAUUUGAGUCAGGCUCACAGCAACACCAGCAACAUCAUCAACAGCAACAACAAUAACAACAACAGCAGCAACAACAAAUACACAACAGUUACCACAACAAUAACAAGAGCAACAAAAUCGAUGACGAUGACAACAACGACAGUGAAGGUGAAAGCAGAUAACGAUGACGUCAGAAGCGAAAAGGCUGAAGAUGGUUAGGGUUGGUGGAAGUGGUGGUGGCGAAGGCAGUGCCGUUGGUAGUAGUUCUAAAGAAGACUAUUGCGAUGAUGAUAAUGACGAUUAUGAUGAUUAAUGACCACACGACGAUGACGACUACGAUGACAAAGAUAGCUACGGGCUGAUAAACUGAUCUCCAAACUUUCGUUUUAUUUGUUUCGUUUUUCUUCUUUUUUUUUGUUUCCUUGUUAUUUUAUGUUUUGUUGAUUUCUGAAUAAAAACAAAAAUAAAAAAAAAUUUAAAUUACACACGAAAGAAUGAAAAAAAAUAAAAAAAAAAUGAAAGAAUUCAAGAAUGCAAA